UCAAGCAGACUAACUGACUUAAGACGUCGGAAGCCAAGCGAAGUUGUCACACUGCCCGCUGCUGGAGCCUCCUCAGAUGAUCGGCUCACUGAUUGGCGCCCUCUAGUCACCCUUCCUGAAAGCUGAAAGGGGUACCACUACCCCGAUCUGUCAGAGGUAGACCAGAGUUAAUUACCAUCCAGAACAUUCCAGGGUUGGGUCAAGCUAGCACAUAAAAGGAUGGCUCGUCGUUGUCCUCGGCAUCGAGCAUCGACACUGCAAAGAUGGCAUUUUCUCUUCGCACGUUCUUCCUGCUUUGUGGGGUCAGCGGACUGUUGACUGGAGCUUGGUCUUGGCCGAGCAAAAAGGGUGGUUGCUGUCCUGAGGAGUGGACUCAAUUGGAUGAUCACUGUUACGUCUUCAAAGACGAUCCAAGGACCUUUGCAGAUGCAGAGAGCGUCUGCAACAUUCUUGGUGGGAACCUGGCCUCAAUCACUAGCGCUCUGAAAAAUGUAGUCGUUUAUGAACUGGUUGUGGAGGGAGAGGUAGCGGACGCCUGGAUCGGACUCAGUGACGCCAUCGAGGGGGGAGAGUAUUUCUGGACUGAUGGCAAACCCUUUGACUUCAGCAACUUUGCCGCAGGGGACCCUGGCACGGAUUCAUGUGCGGUGAUGCAAACGAAUGGAUCUGCUGCCGAAUGGGCUAGUGUGCCAUGCGACAACGAGGAGCCAUAUGUUUGCAUCAUGGAAUCAUCCUGUAGCAAGCACUAAUCGUCCCUCCGACCAAGUCUUUCACUAAUCCCGAUGACUGUACUGAAACAAUAUCAAACUUUAGUGGUGUCUUUGUAUCUCCGGGUUUACUGUCAAGUCUUCUUUUCUUCUUCUUGUACACUAUUCAUUUUUUGAUUUUUCGUCAAACACAUUUAAAUCUGGAAAUAUCUUUAUUAAAUUUUGGAACCUGUCUGCAUCAAA